UGUGACCGCCGGUGUCACGUGAGCGGGGCGGGGGCGGUGGCGGGAGGGCGAUGGCGGCGCACCUGAGCUCGGGGCGCGUGAACCUGACGGCGCUGCGCGAGGCGGGGCGCCGCGAGCUCCGCGAGUUCCUGGACAAGUGCGCGGGGUCCAAGGCCAUCGUGUGGGACGAGUACCUGACCGGGCCCUUCGGGCUGAUCGCCCAGUACUCGCUCCUGAAGGAACAUGAGGUGGAGAAGAUGUUCACGCUCAAGCCGGGCCGCCUGCCGCCAGCGGACGUCAAAAACAUCAUCUUCUUCGUCAGGCCCAAGCUGGAGCUGAUGGACAUCAUCACCGACAACGUGCUCCGGGAGGACAGAGGCCGCUCUCCCCAGAGGGACUUCCACAUCCUCUUCGUGCCGCGCCGCAGCCUGCUCUGCGAGCAGUGGCUGAAGGAGCAGGGCGUGCUGGGGUCCUUCAUCCACCGGGAGCAGUACAGCCUGGACUUGAUACCGUUCGACGGAGACCUGCUCUCUAUGGAGUCCGAGAGUGCAUUCAAGGAAUGUUACCUGGAGAGUGACCAGACAAGUCUGUACCAUGCGGCAAAGGGGCUGAUGACGCUGCAGGCUCUCUACGGAACCAUCCCGCAGAUUUUUGGGAAGGGCGAGUGUGCCCGGCACGUGGCUAAUAUGAUGAUCAGGAUGAAGCGCGAGUUCCCUGGAAGCCAGAACUCGAUAUUUCCCGUCUUUGAUACCCUCUUGUUGCUGGACCGCAAUGUUGACCUGCUGACGCCAUUAGCUACGCAGCUGACCUAUGAAGGGCUGAUAGAUGAAAUCUACGGAAUUCAGAACACUUAUGUGAAACUCCCUCCUGAGAAGUUUGCCCCAAAGAAGCAGGGCGAGGGUGGGAAAGAUCUCCCCACAGAACCCAAGAAGCUCCAGCUGAAUUCUGCUGAAGAGCUGUACGCUGAAAUCCGAGACAAGAACUUCAAUGCUGUGGGGUCAGUGCUGAGCAAGAAAGCUAAGAUCAUCUCAGCAGCCUUUGAGGAGAGACACCAUGCGAAAACCGUUGGAGAGAUUAAGCAGUUUGUCUCACAGUUGCCACACAUGCAGGCAGCAAGAAGUUCUCUAGCAAACCACACCUCCAUUGCAGAACUCAUCAAAGACAUCACCACAUCGGAAGACUUCUUUGAUAAUUUAACAGUGGAACAAGAGUUCAUGUCUGGAAUAGACACAGACAAGGUUAACAAUUAUAUUGAAGACUGCAUAGCUCAAAAACACCCAUUAAUCAAGAUCUUGCGUCUCGUUUGCUUGCAAUCUGUGUGCAAUAGUGGACUGAAGCAGAAGGUUCUGGACCAUUACAAAAGAGAGAUUCUCCAGACUUAUGGCUAUGAACAUAUAUUGACCUUAAACAACUUAGAAAAGGCUGGACUCCUGAAACCUCAAACAAGUGGUAGGAAUAACUACCCAACGAUCAGGAAAACCCUGCGCUUAUGGAUGGAUGAUGUUAAUGAACAGAACCCCAACGAUAUCUCCUAUGUGUACAGUGGCUACGCUCCACUGAGCGUACGCCUGGCACAGCUACUGGCUCGGCCAGGGUGGCGAAGCAUAGAGGAGGUUUUAAAGAUGCUUCCAGGUCCCCAUUUUGAGGAGAGGCAGCAGUUACCUACUGGCCUUCAGAAAAAGCGUCAACACGGUGAGAACCGAGUCACUCUGGUGUUCUUCCUGGGAGGUGUGACAUACGCAGAAAUUGCUGCACUGAGAUUUCUGUCCCAAAUGGAAGAUGGAGGCACAGAGUACGUCAUUGCCACUACAAAACUGAUCAAUGGAACAAGCUGGAUCAAAUCCUUGAUGGACAAACUGGAGCCUGCCCCUUUCUAGGGUCUCUGGCCAGAGACAGUAAAAGUGAGAGGCCCUUUAUGACACAGGCACAUCAGCUUCUGGUCUUCUGGCAUGACUGCUUGAACGUCGGAGAAACGACAACAGUGAAAGAAGCUCUCCUGAGACCAGCUCAUGAUGCAGUUAUCCUCAUCCCCCUCUGCACUGCUGUUCCUAUUGUUUGUGGAACUUCCUAUUAGACAAGUACUGCUAAAAGGCACUAACGAUGAAAUAAACAAUGGGAGAAAGAGAGA